AUAAUAAGUUUAUCUUCAAAUUUAAACUAAUCCAAUCAUAACCAACACGAUUCACACAGAUGUGUUUAAUUUAACAGAGUUACAGGAUUCAUUUGGCAUGAAGUAACUGCAGCCUAAAUGACUUUUACAGAGAGAGACGAGAAAAACAAAAAGUUUCUCUAAACGAAGGAGGAAAAGAGAGAAGAAGACGUUUAUUAAGAAACACGAGGCAGCAGGUCAGACUGGGAUCAUCAUCAGAAACUGAACCAAACUGACCAGCAGCUCUUCAUCUUCAUCAUCACUUCCUCCCAGUCUGACCCAGUAGAACCAGUCUGAGCUGAUCCACAUCAAACCAGUUUGUGGAAACAGAUUGUUGUGAUUUCAGUCAGAGACCCAGAGGUCACAGCUUCCUCCAUCCUGGAGGUCAAAGGUCAGAAGCUGAGCCAGAGGAUCAGACUAGAGAGAAGAAGAACAGAGAAGGUCGUCACCAUGGCAACAAAAAGAUCUCGAGAUUCCUCACUUCCAAACAUUAAGUAUGAAGAAUUAUCUCUGGGUCUGCUGAACAUUUACGGUCUGAGAAACAAAACUCAUGAAGUUAAACACAUUAUUGCUCGUGAUGAACUCCAUGUUGUUGCUCUGUGUGAAACUAAACUGAACAGCAAAGUUAAAGAGAGCAAGAUUCAUAUACCAGGAUUCAGGAUGUGGAGGAAAGACAGGAAUGACAAGAGUAACAAUACAGGAGGAGGAGUCGCUCUGUACAUUCAGGAUCAUAUUAAAACCAGAUUAAGACCCGACCUGAUGAAUCCUGAAGUUGAUGAGGAGAAUCCUGAAGUUGAUGAGGGUGAUCCUGAAGCCAACAAGAAGAAUCCCAAAGCUGAGAUCAUUUGGGUUGAGAUGGAGCUUCGUAAUAAACUGGUUUUACUGGGAUGUUGUUACAGACCUACAAAAGACCCAAAAAAAUAUUCUGAACACAUUAAGAAGACAAUAACUCUGUUGUCAGAGAAAGAUAAAGAUAAAGACAUUUUCCUGAUGGGCGACUUUAACAUUGACUGGUUGUCAAACUCUGAGAAGAAAGAAGCUGAGGAUUUUAUAUCUAGUAAGUAUUGGACUCAGAUCGUUAAAGUUCCUACCAGGUUGACUCUGGAUACAGCAACAUGCAUUGAUCACAUUUAUACUAAUGUAAAAGGAAGGGAUUCUUUAAAACCAGAAUCCAUUCCUACAGGCUGCAGUGACCAUAACCUCAUUACAGUAAAGGCAAUAAAAAAGAUUCCUCAGAGUAAAGUAAACUUUAGAAAAAAACUGUUUGAUAAAGAGAAAUUUCAGACAGAUAUGAAAGGUGUUAAGUGGAAUGAGGUCUGUAAACUGACUACUGAUAAGAAAUCUUUACAGGAAGCUUUGAACAAGUUUAUUAAUAGUUUUCUCCAAGUAGCAGAUAAACAUGCCCCAUUAAAGAGCCAAAAUAUUUAUUCUUUACUGAAGUUGAAUGAGACGUUGGAAAAGUUAGUAUCUGACAGAGAUACAUUAAAAUAUAAAAUGAUAAAAAACAUCUAUCCCUCUAUAAAGGAAAAAAAGAAACUUCAGGAAAAGAUCGAUAAUUACGUCGAAGGAAAACCUGAGAAUCAACCAGGAGGUGAAAAUGAUGCUACAGAGUCAAAAGGAACUGUCCAUUUUCAUCUCCCUGAGAUUGAAGCAAAUCCACAAGAACCUACAGAUUCAGCUUCUGGAGGUGGACAGAGGAAUAGAAGGAAAAGUGGGACAUCAGUACGAACUAGACUUGAAGACAUAAGGAAAUGUUUGGAGUAUGUCUGUGAUCAUGUGGUUAUGUUCAUAGAUGAAACUGAGGCUGAAUUGAUAAAACUUUCAGUUGAAUUCAUCGAUGAUCCGAUCCGUAAGAUCCUGGAUGGAUACAAAACGAAUGGAGAGUUUCCUUGUGAGCUUAAAAAAAUCAAAUCAUUCCCAUUUUCAAUAGACAACUAUAUUGAUUACAGACAGAGCAGUAGUGCUGAGGACAGAUUACACAUCAUAUUAGGUUACAUAUUUGAUGUCAUUCUUUAUGAGCAGUUAUUUAAUGAGAAUGAAAAGAAAUCUAAACCAACAUUUCAAGAAAAUCUGAAGCAACUAAAAACUGAUCUGGUUAAAACAAACAGAGUGGUUGAAGCUGUGCUCCUGGAUUUCACUUCUUCCUUUGACAAAAUCAGUCAUGAUCUGCUGAUUACCAAACUGAAUGAAUCUAAUCUCUCAGAAUCAGAUCUUAAACUGAUAAAAAGUUUUCUUUCCAUCCAUAAACGUUCCUCUGGUUUGCCUGGAGGAAGCUGCCUCACUCAGCUCGUCCACAUCAUCAUUAUUAAUGAUCUAAAGGAAACCUUAACUACAAAACAUAAAGGACUAUCUGCUGUUAUCUGUAACAGUUACAUAAUGAUCUAUGGAAAUAAGUCAGAGUUAAAGGAAAAAAAGAAGACUGUGAGAACAUGGGCUGACAAGAUCAACAUUUCAUUUAAAGAUAAACAAAAAAAAUUCGAACCCUCUGAUCUGUCAGCCAUGUUUAAGAUCCUUGAGUCCAUGAUUCGUUGCCAUGGAAACAAAUCAAACUGGAUCAGAGCUCCUGGGAACAUAGUGAAGCAAAAUGGUGACUGGGAAUACGACAAUGUCUCAAAGGAACUAGAGCUACACUUUGGUAAAGAAUAUAUAGUUAAGCCUGAAAUCGUAUAAAAUACAGCGCAGGAAUCCCAAACACAAAAUAAGAAACGUCCUGCAAGCUCUGCUGGUGACGCCGACGACUCUGGAGGUUCAAUGAGGAGAGAAAUAUGAAAAGGAUUUAAAUUCUGGAGGUUUUAUCAAUACAGGCAACUAUAAAAACAUGAAGGUGAUCAAAGUUCAGAUGAAAAAUACUAAGAGAAGCUAAAGUCAAAUGAAUCUACAGCUCCAGAUAAAACUCCCAGAAAUAUUUAAAAAUUCAAACAGGAUUUUUUUUCCUGCUGACAGAGAAACUGAAUCACAAACAAAUCAAAUGACAGAAAAAACUAAACUUUGUAUGAUUUAUUGUUUGCUU